UGAGAAGUGUGUGAAUUUUUAUGUUUUACUAAAUACAAGUUGCUGUGCGGUAAACGCACUAAAUGAAAUGCUUGGGAAUAAAUAAUAAAUAUCAGCUGCAGUGAGUUUGAACUAGUAAAAUAUGUGCGAAAUUUUAAGCGUAAAUAUGCAAAUAACGAGGUGGUGAUUUAUAAUGGCGUGGUGAUGCAUCGCAAAUUUUUGCUAAAUAGAUUUCAUUGUACAUAUGUAGUAGAUUAUUUUCCCUGUCACAUUAGCUCUAUUACAUUGUUGGAAUUUCCUGUUUAAUGUACUUUUACUUUGUUAGCAGCAAAAAUUUGAUUGCAACAACUUGCCAGCGCGUUAGCAGAGGUGCGUAACAUGAAGAAGAGGAAUCUGCUGUUAAAGCUAUGUGUACUGCUGGCAGCGCUGUCGUGGCAUGUGGCAGUUUGCUCGGUGGUGUCUACGACAGAUGCAUUCGAUGAUGCUUUAGCUGAAACAUUCUCCAAGGGCUUUGCGAAUAGCACGGACUUAGUACGGGCUGUACGAGAGUCAAUACGACAACACGAGCUGCUGCAGCAACGUAAUAAACAUAGCAGAUCCAAACGCGCCGUCAAACGUGUUUGUUAUGGCGAACUCGGCUGCUUUGAGGACUCCGGCCCUUUCGCUUACUUGGAAAUGUUGCCCUCGCCACCGGAAGACAUCAACACCAAGUUCUAUUUUUACUCCACAAAAAAUCGUUCCGAGCGACCACUUAUGGAGUUGCCUUUCCUCAAUAUGACCGACACAUUUGCUAGCGUCGCAAGCAGCUCCCAUUCGAUACGACGCAGAGCAGGCUCAGUGAAUGAUACAGCCGCCACAGACACUUCAGCUACAACCACUACAACUACAACGACAACAACAACCACUACACAGCGUAGCGUCUUCAAAAGCACUCCAUUGACGCUGGACGAACUGCAUGGUUUCGAUGAGCUCUCGGUGCGUGUUAUUGUGCACGGCUUUGGUUCGGCCUGUCCGCAUGUGUGGAUCUAUGAAAUGAAGACGGCUCUAAUGGCGGUGGAAGACUGCAUUGUUAUUUGCGUGGAUUGGGAGAACGGCGCCACUUUUCCGAACUACGUGCGUGCUGCAGCCAAUACGCGACUGGUCGGCAAGCAAUUGGCUAUGCUUCUGCGGAAUUUGCAAGAGCAUAAGGGUCUCAACUUUACCAGAACGCAUAUAAUUGGUUUCAGUUUGGGUGCGCAUGUGUCCGGGUUUGCCGGCGCAGAGCUGCCGGGCUUAGCGCGAAUUACUGGUCUGGAUCCGGCAGGUCCGCUCUUCGAAGCACAGCACCCAAAAGUGCGUUUGGAUAAUACGGAUGCGGAGUUUGUGGAUGUGAUACACUCGAAUGGUGAGAACUUAAUACUCGGUGGCUUGGGCUCGUGGCAGCCGAUGGGACAUGUGGACUUCUAUCCGAAUGGUGGACGUGUGCAGACGGGUUGCUCGAACCUAUUCGUGGGCGCAGUGACGGAUUUUAUAUGGUCUGCUCAAACAGCUGACGAGGAAGAAGGUCGCUCGCUUUGCAACCAUCGACGUGCUUAUAAAUUCUUCAUCGACUCUGUAGCACCACGCUGCAUGUUCCCCGCUUAUCCAUGCAAAAACUAUGACGACUUUAUUAAAGGCGAAUGCUUUCCAUGUGCACAGAACGACGAAGACAUCGCUGAAGGUGUGCCACGAUGCGGCAAUAUGGGCUACUAUGCAGAUCGUUCUACGGGGCGGGGUCAACUUUAUCUGCUGACACGAGAAGAGGAACCAUUCUGUGCACAUCAGUUUAAGCUGGAGAUAUUCAACUCUUUCAAUGAUCUGCCGCUAAGGACCAUUGGUCGCCUAGAGGCCACGCUCGAAGGCGAAGGCGGUCUGAACGAAACAUUCAAGAUAUCAGAGAAAGAUGACUCAGAAUUUUUCGCUGGCGAUAUUGUUUCGAAAAUCAUUGUGCCACACCCGGCUUUGGGCUUUCCAACUACACUUAGUUUACACUACAAAUCAUAUAGCGGUUGGCUGUCCAAAGGCCUGCCGCAUUGGGAUAUCGAUAAGGUAGUGUUAACAGACAGCUUUGGUCGCAGCCACUCACUGUGUAAGCCUUCAACAAAGCUCUCAUCCGGCACACCAGUGCGCCUCAAACUGCUCUCGGGAAAUUGUGAACUGGAGAAUCAAGAGGAGUACGGCACUUAUAAUGUGCCCACCACUUCGGUGCCGGACUCUAGUGGACAAGAGAGCGCGGACAAUGCGGAAACCGAUAGCAUAGAUGCCGCCAAGCAAAGCAAAGAUUACUUUAAUCUCGGUACCAGUUUUCGACUGGACCAGAAUAAAUCAUAUGUUGACAACGAUCUGCCAUGGCAACCUAUUUUCGAGGGUUCCAACGCGCUGGACAAAGACGUGGGCGAGUCGAGUCGCAGUCUUUCGGUUGAACCAACUGAAAUCUUCGAACCAAUUCUGAAUGAUCGUCGUCUUGGCCUAAAGAAUGCGCGUAAUCUGCAAGAAUUUGGUAUAACUACAGAAGAGAUAGUCGAACCUGUUUUAAAAGCGACCACGCCACGUGUAAAAAAGGCAAAGGAAAUAGUUUUUACCGAAUCACCGUUAACCACAAAGAAACCUGAAAUCAUCAAAAUAACACCGCUAGCUGUACGCAAUGAACCUGAGCUACCCAAGUCUACUUCACAAGACGAAGCCAUCACCGUGCAGUUGCUGCCCUUCCGGCUCGGUGAUUUGCUUCAGCGCGCCGAACGCUAUGCACGAGAGACACUAUUGCCGUUAAUUUCUGUGCAGGCACCGAAAUUCUUCGGCUUCAAUGUCGGUGGUUCAACGACUGUUGGCAGUGAUGAGUCCGCUGCGCUCAAAGAAGAACCACGUAAGCCACGCUACAUACCACGCUUUGAAGAAGCUUCUUUUUUACGCGAAAAACGCGUAGAGAAAAAUCGCACUGCACGCAAGCCGAUAACAGAUCUCACGCCAGCCGAAUCGAGAACGCAACGUAACAUUUUCAAGCUGAUAAGAUCGGAUCCAAAGGAGGCUAUUGCGAAGGCUACUCAUGGCACUACCAGUAGUGUGCUCCGGCCAGCGCAAAGGCGUGCACUCAGCGAUAUUACUUACUAUACAAAUAUAAUGCUUCCGGAGUCGCGUGCUUUGCGGCCGGAAGAUCCCAGCUAUGAGCCGGUAUUCAUAGAAUUACCCACCUAUAAGCCAAGCAAGGCAGCGCGUAGCACGCAAGGAAACGAAAAAGAGGUGGUUGAACGAAAACCUUGAAACUUUGUCUCCGGUGGUGGAAGGUGUGUGAGUAGAAGAGCACUAUUUGCAAUUUGUGGAACUGCGUGAUAAGUCAAACUGAAAUGCUAUACUAUUGACGAUCUCUACGUCCAUUGCUGUUUUCUUAAUCUGAAAAUAUGCACCCAUCGGGAGAUUCAUCAUAAUUUUUUUUUUCAUUUUUGAAAAUGCUCGUUGUCUUCCAUUUAGCGAAAAAAAUGAAAAAAUUGUAUAAGUAAGGAAAAUGUUUGUAUUUUGAUCGACAUUUUUAAGAUCGACAUUUUUACGAGUUGCAUUUUAGAAAUCAUUAGCAUAAUUUCCGUGCAACCGUAGAAUGCAUUUCGUAUUUUUCCAGAGAAGAUGAAGUUUCCAUCUAAAUAAAUUUUCUGUAAAUAUUUCUAAUGCUAUCACUGCUAGUACUCAUUUAAGUUUUAAAUGUAUUGUAAUUUAUUAAAAUAAGUAAAAAAU